GAGCGCCUGGUGUUGUCUGUGCUGCCGCGCUUCGUUGUGCUGGAGAUGAUUAACGACAUGACCAACGUGGAGGACGAGACCCUACAGCAUCAGUUUCACCGGAUCUACAUCCACCGCUAUGAGAACGUGAGUAUUCUCUUUGCUGACGUGAAGGGCUUCACCAAUCUUUCAACCACACUCUCCGCUCAGGAACUUGUUCGAAUGCUCAACGAACUCUUUGCACGAUUCGACCGACUGGCACACGAGCAUCAUUGUCUGAGGAUCAAGAUACUGGGGGAUUGUUAUUAUUGUGUUUCUGGCCUUCCUGAGCCUCGGCCAGAUCAUGCUCACUGCUGCGUUGAGAUGGGCCUCAGCAUGAUCAAAACCAUCAGAUACGUGCGCUCUCGUACAAAACAUGACAUAGACAUGCGCAUUGGCAUCCACUCUGGCUCGGUUCUGUGCGGAGUUCUUGGUUUGCGGAAAUGGCAGUUUGACGUGUGGUCUUGGGAUGUGGACAUAGCCAACAAACUGGAGUCGGGGGGAAUACCUGGGAGGAUCCACAUCUCUAAAGCGGCUCUCGACUGUCUGAACGGAGAUUACGAGGUGGAGGAGGGUCAUGGUAAGGACCGUAAUGACUUCCUGCGCAGGCAUAACAUCGAGACCUUCCUGAUCAAGCAGCCGGAGGAGAGCUUGCUUACACUACCCGAGGACAUCAUGAGAGACUCCACCAACCAAUCAGAUCACAGGACCUCCAACACUUCCUUCACAGAGGGAACGUGGAGCCCUGAACUUCCCUUCCAUAACAUAGUGGGCAAGCAGAAUACUCUGGCUGCGCUCACACGUCACUCCAUUAACCUGCUCCCCAACCACCUGGCUCAAGCCCUGCAUGUGCGCGCCGGCUCACAGGAAAUUAACGCUCGCAUGCAGAGCACCAUCGCCCUGCGCAGCGGGGACAAGCUCCGCCAAGAACAUAUCUCCCCCUUCUCUCUCACCUUUAGAGAAGCACUGCUGGAGCACAAGUAUUCCCAGAUGAGAGAUGAGGUGUUUAAGUCAAAUCUAGUGUGUGCCUUCAUUGUUCUCUUCUUCAUCACUGGAAUACAGAGCUUACUUCCCUCUGCAAGGAUGGUAACGAUGCUGAUCCAGUUCUCUGUCCUCAUCCUGCUGCACUGCUGCCUUGUUGUUGUGACCACUGCCGAGGAUUACAAGUGUUUGCCGCUGGUUUUGCGUAAAGCGUGCUGCUGGGUGAAUGAAACCUACGCCGCGCGGAACGUCGUCAUCUUCCUGUCCAUCCUUAUUAACUUUCUGGCUGCCAUGAUCAACAUACUUUGGUGUGAUUUUGAUAAAUCGGGCUCAUUCAGGAACCAGACGUUUAAUGCAUCCGCCUCAAUCCCAGAUAUCUGCUUCUACCCAGAGUAUUUCGUGUUUACCGGAGUGCUGGCGAUGGUGACCUGUGCGGUUUUUCUCCGACUGAAUUCAGUUUUGAAGUUGGCGAUCCUUCUCAUCAUGAUUGCCAUCUAUGCUGUCCUGACCGAGGCCUUUUACACGCCGUUGUUCAUUCGAUACGACACGCUGACUCUCAAUCAGAGCAAAAGCUUCCUGGGGACCAAGGAGACGUCUCUGCUUCUCAUGGCCAUGUUCCUCCUAGCUGUGUUUUACCACGGCCAGCAGCUGGAAUAUACGGCUCGUCUGGACUUCCUAUGGCGUGUGCAGGCGAAGGAAGAGAUAAAUGAGAUGCGAGAGCUGCGUGAGCACAAUGAGAACAUGCUCCGGAACAUUCUUCCCAGCCACGUCGCUCGCCAUUUCCUGGAGAAAGACAGAGACAAUGAGGAGCUCUACUCGCAGUCAUAUGACACGGUGGGAGUGAUGUUCGCCUCCAUUCCAGGCUUUGCUGAUUUUUACUCUCAGACGGAGAUGAAUAACCAGGGCGUGGAGUGUUUGCGGCUGCUCAACGAGAUCAUCGCUGAUUUUGAUGAGCUGCUGGGGGAGGAAAGAUUUCAGGACAUCGAGAAGAUUAAGACCAUCGGCAGCACGUACAUGGCUGUGUCAGGACUGUCUCCUGAGAAACAGCAAUGUGAGGAUAAAUGGGGGCAUCUGUGUGCGCUGGCCGAUUUCGCCAUUGCUCUGAAUGAAAGCAUUCAGGAGAUCAACAAGCAUUCGUUUAACAACUUCCAGCUCAGAAUCGGUAUGGCACACGGCUCUGUGGUGGCUGGAGUGAUCGGCGCUAAAAAGCCACAGUACGAUAUCUGGGGGAAGACGGUCAAUCUGGCGAGUCGCAUGGACAGCACAGGCGUCAGCGGUAAGAUCCAGCUCCCAGAAGAGACUUAUGCCAUUCUGAACGAGCGCGGCUUUGCCUUCGAGUACCGUGGUGAGAUCUACGUGAAGGGCAUCAGUGAGCAGGAAGGAAAGAUCCGCACACACUUCAUGAUAGGCCGCGUGCAGCCCAACCCGCUCAUCCUGCAGCCCAGGAAGCUCACGGGCCAGUACUCGCUGGCCGCCGUGGUGCUCGGCCUGGUGCAGUCCCUCAACCGGCAGAAACAGAAACAAAUCCUCAACGAAAACAACAACUCAGGCAUCAUGAAGGGCCACUACAACCGCAGGACUCUGCUGGCGCCGGGCGGCUCGGACACCAGUCAUGCCGAGGUCACGGACAAAAGCGAUCUGGCCUAAAAUGGACCACGCACUUAACCAAAAGACUGAGCUGUAGUCCAGACUGCUACCGCUCACUGACUGUCUCUCUUGCUGUCUGUGUUUCUUUUUGUAUUUCUUUUGUAUUUGAGAAACAAUAAAGGGGUUUAAUUUUU